AUGCCGACGGGGGAUGCUCUUACGGCAGAGUUAUGGGGCUGCCUCUUAGGCCUCAAAAGAGCAUGGGAAUGUGGUUUCCGAAGUAUCGUGCUUAAAAGUGACUCUCAAGAAGCCCUUAGCUUGGUGCAGAUGGAGAACACUGACUUGCAUGAGGAAUUCGCACUGAUUUCUGAGAUCAAGAACAUGAUGCAACAGAACUGGAAGGUAACGCUCCAGUACAUCGAGAGAGAUAUGAAUAGAAGAGCCGAUCUACUAGCUAAACACGGCCUAGCCGCUGGCAAAGGCCUGCAGCUGUUUGGACCCGAUGCCAUGGAUUCUCCUGCUGUUGGACACGGAGGAUUAGUGUUUUACGCUGUGCUCUACUGUUUUGUUUAG